GAGUGGCCCGAGCCAGAUCCGCUGCGGCGCGGCAGCGGCGAGCGGCCCGCCGGCUUCCCCUGGCGGGCCGACCUCGCGCCGCGCGAGCCGGGCUUCCACGACGUCUUCUCGGCGCAAGCCUCGGACCUGCAGCUCGCUGCCCACCUGCAGAGGGAGGGCAUGGCGGCAUGGCACUGGCAGAGGAGACGCUGCCCACGGGGCAGAAGCCGCUCGUGGAGGCCGCCGUGCGCCUGUGGGACCCCGUCUGGGGCGAGGUGCAGCUGAGGGAGCUCGCGCGCGACGGGCACUACGGGCGCAGGAGAGGUGGCUGCAGGCGUGCGCCUCGGCGCUCUUUGCAUGCAGCCCGUGCUGUUUCGUCAGCCUGGCCCCCGUGUGCUUCGGGAAGGAGGUCAAGGCCGGGGGCAGCGCCGCGGACGCGCUCCGCGGCUGGCGCCGGCUGCUGCUCUCCUGGUCCCUCGCCCUCGCCGCGCCGCAGGCGCUGCUCUUCCUGCUCGUCGGGCUGGGGCUCGUGGCGGACGGGCUCACCGACGCGCAGCUCUUCGACCGGUGGGGCGCGAAGAACGCCGCGAAGGUCCUCUACCGCCACCAGUGGUGGCGCGAAUUGACGCCCGCGCUCCUGCACAAGUCGUGGCUGCACUUCCUCGGAGACAUGCUAGUCCAGCUGCGCGCCGCGUCGAUGCUGGAGGCCGUCUGGGGGCACACUCGGUGGCUCAUCAUCUUCCUCCUCUCGGGCGCAUUCGCUGGGCUGGCGAGCGCGAUCUGGUCUCCAGUCGAAGGAGAAAAUUGA